AUGCCUUCUCUCGUGCCUUCACCCAGCGCCGUGCGCGGCCUCUCCAUCCGCGCCUUCUCAACCACCGCAGCAGCCCGCCCCCCCCCCCGCGCAGACUCCCCCCACCGCCACUCCUCCACCAGCAGCCUCCUCUCCAUCAACAACCCGACUUCUUCCUCACGAUCGUCUGCUCCCUCACGCCAGUCGGCGCACAGGCCGAGCGAGGCUGCGUCCGACUUGAUGACGAGAUACAAGAAAGUGGGCCAGACGUCGCUGAGGAACAAGCAGACCCAGCUCGACAUGAUGCGCAACCAGAAGAACUCGAAUGACUAUCUGAAGCAGAUGCCGCGAAGGUGGGACGCGGGUGAUGUGUACUCGCCGCAUGAUAUGAGCCCUGUGGAGAUGCAGAAGUGGAGGAAGAGGUCGCCUAGAGGGGGGGAUGUCGUUGAUGCGUUGGGGAUUCGACCUUUGGAUAUGUACAAGAACUUCUCUUUGAUCCAGGAAUUCACCUCUACUUCUGGCCAAAUCACUCAUUCAUCUGGCACGAGUCUUCGUCCCGUCAACCAGCGCAAGAUUGCCAAGAUGAUCCGACGAGUUCAGGGCAUGGGGCUGUACCCGACUAUUCACGCUCACCCGGAAAUGGUCAGGGACAACUUCUUCCCUGAGAGGAGAUGA